AUGGAGGCCUUGAAGGGACUUGCUCGCCGCACCACGCAGAGCCUGCGUGAGAUGGUGUCGCGGACGGAGGUGACACCGGAGGAGAUGCGCCUCACGGAGGUCAUGGCGAAGGUACGCAUGAUGGAGACGAAGGGCGAAAUGAUAUGCGAAAAGGUGAUCCAAGUUGCUCGCCUCAUGGGCGAGCUCGGCACGACGUUGCGGGAGAUCGGAGAGGAAUACAAGGGUGUGCCGGAUUUACCGAAGGAGAGUCGUGAGCUUGCGGAUGACGUCUUCGAGGUCGGUGUGAAGCUCGUAGAGACAUCGCAGGAGCACCAAAAGGGGCUGAAGGAUAACGGGUUCGAGUUGCUACGCAGUUUCGUCAAGCAGUGCGCGCAACUGCGCGAGGUUGAGGAUGCUCGACGGCACCACCAGCUUGAGUACGACUUCUUCAAAUCCAAGGUGCAGCACCUCCGCUCAUCCCAACAGAGGGACUUCACCCGUCUUCCACGCAACGAGCAGAUCUUGGAGAAUUGGCGUGUGGAGUUGUGGCGGGCGACGGAGUGCAGUAAGGCGAUGUGCUCCCAGCUCUUUGUGUCUGGUCGACAGGCGAUUGACCGAAGCGUGCUCACAACGAUACAGGUGCUCCACAGCUUUGUGGAGAUUGCGUCGACGGGCUUCUCACAAACUUUUCAGGGGGUGCGGCUCCCGACCUACCCAAGCGCGCCAAUACUGCCUCCGACGGCGCUGCCGCCGGCGCCGGCGCCGGCACCGGGACUUAGGCCGUCGCUGGGGCCUGGCUACGAUUCAUCGGGGCCGUCGACCCCGUACGCAUACAGCGGCCAGGCGGCUGGUGGGGUAGCCACCAACGUCACGGUACCAAACCCAGCAGGUGCUCAAGUCUCUAUGCACGGAGCGGCCUACCCCUUGGCGCCACCAGUAUCGUCGUCAAACUCUCUCGGCCCAGUUGCAGCACCACAAUCGACGCCACUUCUUCCUGGCACAGGCACUUUGUACGAAGGCGCACCUCCGUAUGUCUCCACACCAGGCGUUCCAAACAACGGCACUGCUGGCUACCAACCACCGCCCCUCAACACUCACAGUUCAACCGACAAUGGCUCCGCAACCUAUCAGCCCCCGGCCGUGCAGUGA